AUGUCUUCCAAUGGCAGCGCUUUCGUUGACCUCACGUCUUCGCCACGCUCUUUUGCACGCUCUGCCGCGCGUGGCAGCCCUGCCACAGUGUCGACCGUCGAGCUGGCUGAUUCUUCGCUAGAUAUUACCGGUGUGCGGGCUUCGUUGAGUGCGCUGCAGCAGGCCAUCGAUCAGACCAAAGCACUGUGCCAGCUCUGUUCGGAUCAUGAGGUUCUGCGCCGCGAGGUUUUGGCUACACGAUGUCGCGCAGAGGCCCUGAAUCGUCAGCUCGCUGACGCGGCCAAUGCCGCGUCGCCAUACGUGAUCUUUUGCCAGCGCAAGUACGAAGUGGUCCAUCACCAGCUGGAAUCUACUCGGACGGAGCUCGCCGAGUGCCUGAAUGCACUGCAGGAGCGUCUCGACAACUCCCGCGAGCUCGAAGCUUGCCGUCUUGAGUUUCAUGAUUUGCAGCUCGGCUACAACGAAGCAGUAUCGGAGUUCCAAGAUCGGAUCUCCACCUUGGAGCCGCAGCUGGCUGCCGCCUCUUCCUUUGGCGUGAUUGUCCCGCCCGAUACAGCUCGUCGCAUCGCGGAUCUAAAGUCCCAGCUCGCGCGGUCCCAAUCUGACUUACAAGUCGCGCGUGAUCGCCAGUCUUCCCUCGCUUCGGAGCUUCGUGAGUCAGCUACGUCCCACAAGGCUGCUCAAGCGGAAGUAGAUGGCCUCGAGGCCGCGAUCGAGCGUAAGACGCGUCGCUUCCGCACCUUGCGUGACAACUAUGAGCGUCGCUUGAAGGUUGCCGACAACACGAUCGCCACACAUACCGCCGAGCUCGGUCGUUUGCAGGACCGGGUAUCAACACUGGACCAGGAUCUCCAGCAGGCUUCCCAACGCGUCCGCGCGGAGAUCUCUCAGUGUGAUCAAGCCAGGGCAGAGCGUCUUGCCACCCGUGAGUGCCAUCCACAUACCUUUGUCGGCGUCGUACUGAUUCGUGUCUUGUGUCACAGAGGAUCGUGUCUCAACGGCUCGAGAUACUAUCGCCCGGCUGGAAAAGCGGAUUAA